CGCCGAACUGCCAGAUAGGGGACGCGGGGCGGGCCUGAAAUCCUGGGGUGGUUGGUUGGGGUGGGAGCCGGGAUGGCGACGCCGCGGCCCUGCCCGGACGGGCCCUGCUGCCCGCAUCCCAGCGCAGUGCUCGGUGUACAGCAGACGCUGGAGGAGAUGGACUUCGAGAGGGGAAUCUGGUCAGCAGCCCUGAAUGGAGACUUGGGCCGAGUGAAACAUUUAAUCCAGAAGGCCGAGGACCCGAGUCAGCCUGACUCAGCUGGCUACACUGCGCUGCACUAUGCCAGCCGCAAUGGGCAUUACGCUGUGUGCCAGUUCCUGCUGGAAAGCGGAGCUAAUUGUGAUGCCCAGACCCAUGGGGGUGCCACUGCUCUGCACCGAGCCAGCUACUGUGGGCACACUGAAAUUGCACGGCUCCUGCUAUCACAUGGGUCCAACCCCAGGGUGGUGGAUGACGAAGGCAUGACAAGUCUGCAUAAGAAGAAAGAAGUCCCUGAAGGUGGAACAAGAAAGAGCAGAGCCCAGUGUGGGGUAUGUGCUUUGAUUCCAGCCUCUCUCUCUGCAGGCUGCUGAGAGGGGUCAUGGGGACAUCUGCUCCCUCCUUCUUCAACACAGUCCAGCCCUGAAGGCCGUCCGGGACCGAAAAGCACGGCUAGCAUGUGACCUGCUGCCCUGCAACAGUGACCUGCAGGACCUGCUAUCCAGCUGAGCUGGCACCCUGUCUUCAGCUGCCUUUCAAGGGUACACAGACCAGUUCUCCAAGCCCCUGCGUUGGUCAGCAUCCAUGAACUGAGGCCAGAUGACCCGGGAAGAGCCCCAGUCUGGUCACUGUGGAAGUGAGGGAGUAGAUUUGGUGUGGCUGAAAGUAUUUAAGCCUGGACAGAUGAUCAUAUUCUAAAUUAGUUCAUAUGAGACAUCUAUUCAUUUGGAAAAAAAUAAAGUUAUAUCCUUACCUCA